UCGAAAAGCGCCGUUAUAUUUGCUGCGGACCACCUAGCGAAUGUAAAUUUUUGGCGGCGAAGCAAAUAGGAUUUUUAUUCAGCCAAGAAGAUGACCAGCCGAGGCCUGUUGCUGCAAGCGGCUGAGAGUGGGAGUGGUGAGGAGCUGCUUGGUUUGCUUGGACAAAACGUCACCAUACCAGCUAGUAUUGAUGUAGAUGAAGUGAUCAGCAGUAUGGACAAGAAGCAGCUGGACCAGCUGUGGUCUGGACUGCAGACCAUAUGUACCAGUGCUCUGCUGGAGAUGGGGGAUGGGGAGGAGGAAGAGGAAGAGCAGAGAGAGGCCUCUCAGAAAAGGACAACUCUCCUCCACCACAUUCUCACCAUGGCCAUGGCAACUGUGAAAACUCACGCUGAUGCUCCCCAGUCACUGUUUGAGACAGCUGUGAUACUGCAUGGUGUGCUGUUAAGUCUGCCAGAGUCUGCUGACAAGUUAAAGAACGCCAUAGCUAAGUUCUGUGAGAUCUGGUGGAAUGAGGAUCUUGAGGGCAAGGAGGAUCUCACUCCUCAGACCAUUAUGUACCUCCUGCAGCGAACACUCCAGUCCAAACCUUUGGUGGCUGACAUAAAGAGAGUGUGGAACCUCCACCUGUGUCUACAGCACAUGGAUCUCCAGAAUGAGAGCAGUGAAACACUGAAGACUCUGUUACAGCAGUGCAUGAUGCAGUCAGCUUAUCUCAAGUUAAAAGAGGGCCGUUUGUUCUUAAGUUUCCUGUUCAGUCUGAACUGUAAUUUCAUUGAGUGUCUCCACAGGACAGUGAAGAACCAGCUGCCAUAUUGCUCCAAGAGUGUGUUGCAGUGGUAUGGAGACAUCUACUUCCGUGCCUGGAGAGUGGCUGCAGGCCCUUUUCUGGAGAAAAUAGAGUUGUAUUGUAUUCAAGACCUGAUGUAUCAUGCUGUGCAUGCUCCAAGAGGAUCCACACACUCCCUGGCUUCCUCACUGAGAAAGGUCCUCGAAUAUUUCCACCAGCAGAAGAAGCAGAAGGGUGUUGAUGAGAUGCUGUUGAGACUGUAUGAGCCUAUUCUCUGGAGGUCACUUAAAGUAGCCAAUGGUAAUGUCCGGGCCAAUGCUGCAGCCUUGAUGAUAGAUGCCUUCCCCCUGCAGAACCCUGAGGACAAUGUAGAGGAGAUAGACAGACUGAUGCAGAAACAGUUUGACAUGCUGCAGACCCUGCUUGAAGACCCUUGUCCUGUAGUGAGAGCUACCACCAUCCAUGGUGUGUGCAGGAUCUGCUGUACAUUCUGGGAGCUGAUUCCAUCACAGACCAUAGCAGGUCUGGUACAGAGUCUGGUCCAGGACCUGGCCUGGGACGCUGCCUCCAGUGAUGUCAGAGUGGCCGUCCUCAAGGGCCUAACUUUCCUUCUGGACAACCACCUGUCCCACCCACUGUUUAAGACAGUACUGCCUGGGCUCAGUAACCUCUUACAUGAUACUUCAGAGAAAGUCCGCGUGGCCUUCAUGGAGAUGCUGCUGAAGGUGAAAGGAAUGAGAGCCAUCAAGUUCUGGACCAUUGUACCAAUGGAACAUCUCCUGGCUCGUCUUGAAAUUGAUACUCCACCUAUAGUGAAGAGAAUUGUCACCCUGAUUUUCAACAGCUACAUGCCAGUGGAGAAGGGGAUGGAGGUUCAGGUGGCUCGCUGUCACAACCUGAUCCAAGCCAACGCUGGAGCAGCAAGGAGGUUUUACCAGUAUGCACAUUGUCAUAUGGACCUGGAGCACACAGUGAAGUUCAUCAUGUAUCUGUGUCGCUGUGUUUCGGAGUGUGUCCGCAAACAUCGUGUCAGUGACAGUGGGGUGGAGAUGUCUAACAGACUGGAUGAAGAGGAAGAUGAGGAAGAGAAGGAGAAUGAGCUGGAGACAGAAUUAACCCUGAAUGACACCGAGGUGAUGUCAGGUCUACUGGAGACCAUGGUAGUCCUCUGGGGAGGGGUCAGUGCUCAGCUGGACAAGCCAGCCAAUGCAGAGCUGAAGGAGAAACUACAUGCCAAGUUUAGCAAGUGUUUGCCUGACUUCUUCAGGGUGAUGCAUGACAACCGCUGCUAUGACGCUCUGGUGUUCCUGGCUGGUUUUCUUCCUGCAAGUUCAAUUCCUACCAUAAGUCGAAGUUGUCUAUCAAAGAUAAAAUCCCUGGAGGAGAGCUCUGCAGAGCCAGAUUAUGGUACCCUGCUGGAAUCUAUGUGUAGCUGGGGCAAAGUCAAGGACAUUUUGGCUUUAGUCUCAGAGUGGAUAUAUACUGGAUUGAGAGGAGAGACGGCAGACGCACAGAACUCUUCUGCUUCUAAGGCCAGAAGAAAAGCCAAGAGUGUCACCUUCUGUGAGCCAGGUGUUCCCAAACCUCUCUUGGCUGUGGCUUAUCUUGGCUACUUGACCAAACACGCCCUCUGCAGGGAGGCACUGCUGAACCAAGGCAGAAGAGAGCUGACAGAGCUUACAGCUGAGUUGGCAGACGUUUUGAAACUGAUUGAAGAGAGGCUGGGAAGUUCAGAGGCCUUGGGCACGCAUACUUCUGACAAGUUCCUGGUGGAAGCUUUCACUCUUUACUGUAAACUGGAAGUGCUUCUACAUAACCCUGACAAUGCAGACCACAAUGCCGUGACUGUAGUAGAGCACCUGCUGAGCUGGGCAGAUACAGAGCUGCUGCCCUCACUGAACCAGACCACAGUGGAGAGUACAGCAGAAGAACAGGACAGACACAGCAAGAAGAGGACAGUGUCAGACUCUCAAGCUCCAGCCUUGACUGAGAUGACUCAGACACUCAUUGAGACACUGCUUACCAUUGCCUCCAAUAUGCUGCUGGUGGGAGUUUGCGACAGAGAGUUCAUAUCAAGACUGGUGGAAAUUGGAACAGGACUUCUGCAUACUGAGCGCAGCACAUUCUUCCUGCCACUGAUAUGUAAGCUGUUGUACCAGAUAACUGAGCACUUCCAGUCCCAGGAGGAGGAGGAGGAAGGGGCGGGGUCCAGGGAGCCGGAUGAGGGUCUGGGCCAGGGUACGACUGACCUGGUACCAGUACUAUUGAGCACUUUGGUACAGACUUUCGCCAAAUUGGUGCACCAUGAUAAGACAGCAGCUGAGAAGGUCCUUCCCAGAAUCAGACAGCCAUUGACUGAAGUCCUGAAAUCCUUCCAUCGCCAGAGACCUGGCAGGGCAGACGUCAGCCGUGAUGUCAUGGCAACCAUCAUGGCUGCCGUGCUUGCGGAAGUGACCAAUACAAUUAAACAGGAACAAGAGGUGUCAGAAUACGAGGGUCUGCACCAGCUUCCUAUGCUGUCUGCUUUCCUGCUCACUGCUGUUAACAAGAAGAGUGGAAUGGUCAGAAUUUUUCUGGAAGAACUUUACCAUUGUUUGGACAGUGAAGCUAUACAAGAUAUCUUUGGUCUUGCUUCAGCACUUCAAAUUUUAGCAGUCUUCAGCAGAAUUAAGCCAGGUGAAGAUGGCCUAAAGAACUCAAUCACAGCUCUACAAGUUCAGUUGCAAAGGUUGCCUGUAUUAGAAGAAGAGGGAGAGUCUCCAGAAAGACACCUGUACAACAGCAGCAAGACAGUCCUGAAGUCUUGCAUGCAGCAGGCUGGGAUGGUGGCUUAAUGUUAGGCUCUGUACUGAACACAUCACAGGUUAUCUAGUACAGGGAGUAUUGCAUGCUUUCUGCUGUGGUGGUCCUUCAUCUGUGUAGACUGCUUCACCCAAGAGACAUGAGACACUGGGGAACAAGUUGUAGUUGAAGGCCCACUUACCACUGAUGAUCAUGAUGUGUAUAGAGUCAUUUAGUUGAUCAAUAAGCAAUACAGGUACCUGGCUGUAGCCUGUAUUAUAGAGUAACUAUGUAAUGAAAUUGAAGUGGCUGGCUGCUGAGUAGAAUUCUAUCUUUAAUUUAUAUAACAUUCAAUAAAAAAUGCUAGCAAUAUUAUAUUGUAUAUAGAAGAACCAGAUAGUAUGGGGUUUCAGAGGAUAGAGAAUUUAGAUUUAAUCUUCUGAGACUUUAUGGUAAAAUCUGGACUAAGGACUUGAAAAACAUGACAGUUUACAUGUCAAGUUCUGGCAUCUAAAAGGUUUCCACAUGUGCAUUUUGUUAAAUUAUAAAAGAACAUGAUGUUAUUCACAGAAUUAUGUAAAAAUUACUUCUGAAAAUGGAUAAUGUACCAAGCUUGGUAAUCGUUAUUUAGGAAAGCCAUUUGUAUUGUUGUUAUUGCUUUCGUACUCACUUGACCAACAAACAUUGUCAGUGAUUAGGAAAUGUUGUUUCAUAACUAAAUGACAUUAUUUUGACAUUUUAAAUUUAUGAAAACUUAAAAUUUUAUGAUGCAAAGAUAUGAACUGAUAUUUAGUCUUUAAUUCAUAGGAAAAUGUUGCAUAGCUGAGGUUGUGACAGUGAAA